ACCGCGUAGCAAGCGAAGAAGACGCUGGACAGAAAUGGCGGUGACGGCGAGUCCCACGGCAUGAGGUUGCUAAACGCCUUUUACAUGGAUCGGACACAUCUGACUGCUGGGGAAAUGACAUUGAUGUCGAAGUAGGAAACCCGUCGAGGCGGCCACUUCUGAGCUCCAACAUCUCCCCGGGAGAGUUGUCUUGUCCGACGAGAAGAGCAAAUCUCACCGGGAGCAUGGCUUCUUACGGCAACCAGUAUAUCUUUGGGGAAUUCAGCCCAGAUGAGAUCAAUCAGUUCUUUGUGACGCCACGAUGCUACGUCGAGCUUCCACCAUUCAACGACAAAGGGCCAUGUGUCAGUCAGUCUUCCGGAGGUUACUGCACUCCUGCUGUACCAUAUAUAAUGGAGUCAAUGGGACUGCAGGGUUGCGGAGAUGACUAUCAACGCAUUAAGUUUGGUGUUGAUGAGGUCAUAGACUCCAAGCCCGUAGGCGGCAUGAACGACUCUUUGUACAAGGUGUCGAGCACACUGAACCCACAGGCUCCCGAGUUCAUCCUGGGCUGCCAGUCGGCACAGAAGACUCAACAGACGACGACUCCGGUGGCCGAUGCCCUGGAUGGAAGCCACUUCAACUCUGAGGACGGGCCCGACUCGGAGGCGUCGGCCCUGGACAGUCAUCAGGUGUGCCAGGACAUGGACGGGCUACCUGGUGGCCUGGCACAGCGAGAGAGAAAGAAAAAGAAAAAGCGGCCCCCGGGGUACUACAACUACCUAGACCCAUCAGCUAGCGGCAACAACAGCGGCGCUCCUGCCGACGGGGGGACGCCUGUGACGCCACUCGUGAAUGGACACGCACUUGGCGCCUCGCAACACAGUGCCGAGGAUGGGGACUGUAAGACUUCUGCGGGGACCGGCCUUUCCUCUCCGAGCGUCGUCUCCACGGCGACGGAUGCUUCGACGGCCACAUCAGCCGCUUCCAAUCAGAGGACUUGUGAUAGCCCCGAUUACUCGUCAUCGGACUUAAAAAGCGGGGCCGCCUGCACCAAUGUAACUUUGCCCUUUUCGUCCUCAUGUCAAACUAGAAGCAUGACUGAGGGACCAAGGACUGCAGAUGAGCAGCCAGAACAGUUGGCUCCACAGAGCCCCCAACUUUCAGAUAGUCCGCACAGCCUCCGCUCCAAGUCACCUCUUCCUGCUUCUGCUACUACGACUACUGAAACCGAGGGCGGCGAGGUGGCAGAGAGUAAUGGCUUGGCAGAGGCCGCCACUCCCAUUAGUGCACAUGGACACAAGGAAGACUGUGAGAGUGACGAUUUGACCCCGCAGGUCUCUCCGCACUGUGCUGCCCAAACGGCGGCAGCGGAGGUGUCGCAGUCGCCCGCAGGUCCGGCCGCGCAAACUGCCAACCCCCCUAAAUCGUGGGCUAGCCUCUUCCACAACUCUAAGCCACUUCCUGGCAGCCCUCCGGCCUUUGUGGAGAUUAAGAAUGCCGUGGAAGUUGUCGCCCCUCCGCCCUUGACACCAGAGACGCCAGAGGAGAAACCUGUUGAGGUCAAGCAGGGCCCUGUUCAUGUAUCAGAGGACCCUAUGGCUCCAAAGCUUGCAGAACUUAUUGAGAAUGUGAAGUUGAUACAUAAACCAGUGUCUUUGCAGCCGAGAGGACUCGUCAACAAAGGAAACUGGUGCUACAUCAACGCUACUCUUCAAGCCCUGAUCGCAUGUCCUCCCAUGUAUCACCUGAUGAAGUCCAUUCCUCUGCACAGUGAAACACAGAGACCGUGCACUUCCACGCCCAUGAUAGACAACUUUGUGAGGCUGGUGAAUGAGUUCACAAACAUGCCGGUGCCUGCUAAGCCAAAACCAGGUGUCGGUGAAAAGCUGGUGAAAGACAUUCGGCCGGGCAUCCCCUUUGAGCCAACGUACAUCUACAGACUCCUCAGGCUCAUCAAGUCCAGUCUUUCGGAAAAGGGUCGACAGGAAGACGCAGAGGAGUAUCUUGGCUUCAUUCUUAACGGACUGCACGAGGAGAUGCUGGCUUUGAAAAAACUAAUCUCGCCUCAGGAAGAGAAAGCCCCCACCCCCAAUGGCCCAGAAUCCCCGCCAGGUGUGGAGGAAGACAACGCCGGCAAGGACGAAGAUGGGAGCGAGGAUGAGUGGGAGCAAGUUGGCCCUCGCAACAAGACUUCCAUCACUCGCCAGGCUGACUUUGUCCGCACGCCCAUUACUGACAUAUUUGGAGGACACAUUAGGUCGGUGGUGUAUCAGCAAAACUCCAAGGAAUCGGCCACACUGCAGCCCUUCUUUACGCUGCAGCUCGAUAUUCAGUCAGAGAAGGUCCGCACGGUCCAGGAGGCCCUGGAAACGCUGGUCGCCCGAGAGUCAGUGCAGGGCUACACUUCCAAGAGCAAGCAGGAGAUUGAGGUCAGCCGGAGGGUCACUCUGGAGGAGCUGCCCCCUGUCCUCGUGCUCCAUCUCAAGAGAUUUGUCUUUGAGAAGACCGGAGGCUGUCAAAAACUCAACAAAGUCAUUGAGUACCCCGUAGAUCUGGAAAUAAGCAAAGACUUGCUGUCUUCUGGAGUGAGGAGCAAAGUUGUGAAAGGCCAAAGAACGUACAGACUCUUUGCAGUGGUCUAUCACCACGGGAACAGUGCGACAGGCGGUCACUAUACCACGGAUGUCUUCCACAUCGGUCUUAACGGCUGGCUGCGCAUCGACGACCAGGCGGUGAAGGUGAUCAACCAAUAUCUGGUGGUCAAGCAGAUUGCUGAGCGCACCGCUUACCUGCUGUACUACCGCCGCGUUGACCUCUUGUAGGCACGCACACACACACACACACACACACACACACACGCGCGCAUGCACAUCAGCAAUGGAGCAAGCGACAUGCAUACACUCACAAAUACAUAACCAACACAGAUCCCCCUCAUUUUACUCGUGACACACGCAAACACAUGUGGAACAUAUGAUGAACAGGAACACUGCCCGACUUUGUUCUCUUGCAAGAUUUUCCUCCUCUUCCCUCGUGUCCUUGCUUCCUUGAGAGCCAGCUUUUCCAGCACCUCUUCCCAAGUGGAGACACAAGUUGCAUUCACCAAGAAUUCCUUGCAACGGCUCGCUUUUCUCUGUGCACAACUGCUGUCGGUUUAUGUUCUUCUCGAAAAAAAAAAAAAAAAAAGGUGAAAGAUGAGGCAGUUCAGAUGAAGAACUGCAAAAUGCACCGCUGGGGUGUCUUCUCUCCCGAAAAUAUCAGUGUUGGCCUUUUUCAUGAGGAGAACCACAGCGAAAAGGCCCGUUUUUGAAUGAGCCCAUUGACCAGGCCUAGCACCAGCAUCAACAUCCUCUUCAUCACCACCACCAUCGUCAUCAUCCCCCCCUCCCCUCCAAGACUCCUCGUCUCCUUUCCUCAUCCAGGUUGAGCCCUCACACAGUGAGGACUGGGCUACACGGAAUCUGAAGUGAACACUCUUUGGCUCUUAACGUCUACACCGUAUCUAAGCAGUCUUUAUUGCGCUUUAGAAUCUAAGAUAACAAGCUUUCUGUGCACAAAGUUUAAAUUGAUGAUGAUUACGUGACAGGCAUAUUUGCAAUUAUUUAGACUUAAAUUGUCAACAACAAAGAAGAAACAUGCAGUCCUGAAGGACUUGGCCUGUUUUUAGAUUGUUUUCACUGGAGAUGGCAACUAAUCAAAAGAUAGAUUCCGCUGCAAGCUCCCCUUGUUUACUUUGUGCGUUUCUUGUUCAAACCAUUUACCGUCUCUUUUGUCACCCCUGGGUUCAGGUGGCUCCUUAGUAUGUCUGAGCCACACAGCACCCAUCCAACUCCCCUCAAAAACUCAGCUGUGGGGGCCAGGGGAGGGCAGCCUUAGGUUCAAUCUGUGAUCUUUCCCCACCCAAAUGUGGCGAGCACAUUUGAAGUGACAGGUCCCCUUUGUGUCUGCGGUGCGUUGAAGGGUACAAAAGAAAGUAGGUGACACCAGCGCUUGGACGUGUGCACGCACAUACACAAAUAGAGAUAGUGUUCGCUUUUGUUUAAUUUUUUUCGUUUUCUUUUCAUAAUUAAUUGAUUGUGAUGAUUCUUGUUUGUUCACGCUACUAAAAUGUUAAUUUUUGUUUCGGUCACUCAUUGGAUGUUCCCACCUUCAUGCUCCCCCUCUGACUUGGGUUUCUUUAAAUUGGAUGUUUUCAAAAGAAAAGACAGGUCACAGCAUAACUUUGAAUAAAGAUGAAGUAGUUCCUUUGCUCCAUA